GAAAAAGUUACAUAACCAAUACAUAACUGACAUUUUAAGGUUAAAAGUGAGCUUAUAAACUUAAGUUUUUAGAAUUUUGUGCUUUUUAUAACUAAAAUAUCUUAAAAAUCAACAUGAGUGCUUGGAGAGCAGCUGGUUUAAAUUACACAAGGUACUCCCAAAUAUCAGCCCAAUUGUUACGGCAAGCCUUAAAAAAAGAAUUUAAGGCAGAUGCAGAAAAGCGGGGCGCUACGCACAUCAAAUUUACUCGAUGGGCUGAUGGUAAACCCAUAAGCGAAAGAGAGUAAAAAUGAGAGAAUCGGUUGCUGAACAAACCAAAUAAAAAAAUUAUAAUGGGAUAUUUCCACAUUUAAAGUAAAGUCUAGUUGUAAAAAUAUAUCUAAUUAUUAGCUU